GGCUAUGACCGGUCAUCAAAUGCACAUUCAGCUCAAUAAUCUGUGGUUGGGGGCAGCUAUCUCCAGGCUGCCACUCGAUCGGUUAAGUAGGGGACCUGCCGGACAUAUCUAUUUUUAGAAAAUUAGGUGUCAGUCAGACACAUGUUGUGGUAGGACUCCAGCAGGGAGUUGUAGUGCAGAUAGUGUUUGCCUAGCUGAUGAGUGCGUCAGACUCCGAUGAGGGUAGAGUUGACGAUGCGAGGCUGACACAUUUGAGAUCACGUAGGGUCCCGUACGUGUUUCGGGUCCUACAGUCGGGAGACGAAAGACGGCUUCGUGCCGAAGUUAGAGCCCGUGCUUACGCAGCAGCCGAGGAAACAGCACGAGCUACAAGUCAGGCAUUAGCAGCAGCAAACGCCGCAGCUAGGGAACAGGCAGCAGCAACAGCCAACGCGGCAGCAAUGGCUACCGCGGCAGCAUCCUCCGCUGCAUCCUCGUCUGGGACCCAGUUGGGGAUGCCCCAUGGGCCCAUGGGUACUUCUGGAUCAGUAGGUUCCAGUCAGUCCACAAGUCAAAUGGCGGGCUCGCAAUUCAGUCCGUUGACCCCACGCGGCAGAGAGCUACAAGAGCUCCAACAAGUCGAGAGGAUCCGCACACAGUUAGAGAGGGAACUGAAGCAAGCUACCGAUAGAGAAAAUGAGAUCAGAAAUAGAACAGGCAGGCUAGAUACGUUAGAGGCGGAUGCAUUAGAGGGGUUAGAUGAGUCAGCAAUGUCUGAGGCAAUGAAAGUGUUAAGGUCCAGCAUACUGUCACUGCAUGCGCAUGUAGACAGCAGGCUGGACUUCAUGCAGAACUCCUUGGACCAAAUCUUGGUUCUUUUGCAAAGGCCAGGAUUAUGGCCAGCAGCACAGUCGCCGUUGCCGUUUACGGCGAUGUCAGGAUCCUUUCCGGUACAAGCUGGCACACAACCAAGUGGAAAGGGAACAAUGACUAGAGAAGAAAGGAUGAUGGAAUACCCCUUCAAAGGCUGGGAACCACGGCGACUCAGAGGAGGAAUAGAAAUGCUUAUACCAACAGGGAACGGAUGGAGAGGAACCACGUGCGAUUGGAUUGGGUUUGAGGAUGCCCGAGACUUGUCAUAUGUAUGGAUAGAGCUGAUUUGGAACCCGAUAAGGGAGGAGGAAGGUUGGGAUGAUAUAUCAGAAGGCAAGGUAGAGUCAGUUGGAACGAUUGUCCUUUCCGAGGAUGGAUGGCACCUGUUUUGCACCAUGUUAGCAAUGAGACAGGACCCAAUGUGGCUUCUAGGGGAUGCAGAGGCCCGGACCCGAAAGGAAGGCAAGCUGUUCGCCAAUGAGGGAUGGCACGAAGUUAGUAGCAGAGUUGUGAUGGGAGGAUGGAAGGAACUUAAGCCUCCGAGUCUAUGGAUAACGGCUUGGGUACUAGAAGUCAUAGCCGAGUGGUUUGGGCGGUUUGAGCACAUUUUAGAAGUAGCCGACUCCAUGAGAAAGGUGCAUAUAGAGUGUGCCUGGCUGACUGAGGAGUUCUAUAGGCUCUCAUUGAAAUAUGGGCCCUUCUACGGAGAUAAAGCCGAGGAAGUCGUCAUCAUCCUAAGAAUAGGCAGGUACGACCGCCUAGAGGUAGAGGAGGAGUCUUGGGACGCCAUAGUUAGCCGGGAGGCGGUGGCUGCACCCUCCUACAUAGACGAUGUCUUUAAACUAUUUGAGGUGCUGUGGUUCGACUAAACGAGGACGAGGGACCGAUCACCCCGAAAAAGCCUGAGUGUGGAGGGUGCUUGUGGAUCGAGGUGUAACAUAAGAAAGGGAGUGUG